AUGAAUCACCGGAGAGAAGUGGAAAUUCUGUUAGAAAUUGUUCUCGUUUUGAAACGGUUUUAGAUUUCCGUUUCUCGAUAUCCCCUGGCACCAAACAGGCUUCCUCUCUUUCCCUCCAAAUUUUCUCUCUCUCUAUAAAAUCCUUCCAUUUCUUUUACCUCGCCCUCUGCUAAAAAAAUCAAAGAGAAGAGUAGAUUCGUUCUCUGUUCUCUACUAACUGGUUCAGUAAGAAAAGUGUAAUAAUAGUAUCGAGAAGAAAUGCAGAACGACGCUGCCUCCACCACCGCUAACGACGAUCUCAACAUUGCUGCCGAAUCCCAAGAAUUUCUCCCAAACGAAGUCGAUUUCACCUCCAUAUACUGUCCCAAAUCGUCCCACACACUCACGCCUUUCCUGGACUCUCGCUUGGUGACGCAACAGCAGGACCUGAUAAACCGCAGUGCGCUUUGCCUCACGCGCCUUCGCGAGGCCGCCAGAGAAGUAGAGUCCCUACGCCUGGAGAACGCUGCUCUCCGAUCUGUCAACCGCGAGCUAAACAACCAACUGAGCUUCGUAAUUCAAUCCUCGGUCCAGAAACAUUGCCUUUCCUCUGACUGCAACACCACUCCAUUCGAGAUCUUGAAUGGCUUCCACAAUUUGUGCAAUAUUGGAGGUGAUGGAGGAGAAGAACUGUGCGAAGACGAAAUUCCUACGAGCGUAAAGGAGAGGGAGACCGUGGACGCGACGGAUAGAACAUCUUUGCCUAAGAGUAUUUCUGUGAGGUCCAAUGGAUACUUGAAGACGAACCAGGCUGGCGUGAGCAAGACCAGGGGAAUGACUCGGCCUAAAACUGCGAGUCCAAUCAAUGGAGCGCAAAAGGUUUACGUGCGCGGAGGGAAGAAGGAAGAGAAGCCCCUUGAACUCGAGGUCUACAGCCAAGGAAUGUUCAAGACUGAAUUGUGCAACAAAUGGCAGGAGACAGGUACAUGCCCAUACGGUGACCACUGCCAGUUUGCUCAUGGCGUUGAAGAGCUCCGCCCAGUUAUCCGCCACCCUCGCUACAAGACCGAGGUUUGCAGAAUGGUCCUUGCUGGUGAUAUCUGUCCUUACGGCCACCGCUGCCAUUUCCGCCAUGUCCUUACUGAGCAGGAAAGGUUUAUGGGCCACCUGAAGCCGAGGGCAAUCAAGCUUGAGAGGUAAUAAGAAUGUUGAUCAGAGAACUGCGAAUCUGCGACUGGGGCUAAUGUAGAGAGAUGUUUAUAAUGUUCAAAGAGAAUGGCAAACAAUAAUACCCUUUAAUCUAGUAUAUAAAGGAUGAAUAUGAACGGUGGACAUAUACAUAAUUAGCAAAUAUAAUGACGUAAAAGGAAAGAAAAAAAGAAUUGGAAGAUUUUAUGGACCUGAAUGUGGAGAUUGGAUAAGGAUAUUUUAGAGAGAGAUUAUUAGCUCUUCUGAUUAUUUUGUGUUCCACUUUUAUUUCAUUUAUACAUUGGCAUAUGAGACAUCAUGAAUACUUAUAUCGGUAAUGUUUGGUGGUUUGGAUCGAAACCAAGCAACCAAAAGAAACUCUCUGUAAUGAUGUUAUUUGAUUUGGCAAAGCAAGCAAUUUCUGAUUGGAGUUAUAAUUCAAAGUUACUCCUCUCACAUAUGCUCAUUGCCUCAUCAUAUUCUUCUCGAGUAGUGCCAGUGGAAAUUUUUAUUUGUUUAAUGUACUAUAUAAAUAUUAAUUUACUGUUUCAUGACUUCUAUUAAUGAUACAUAUUUCUGUUUUUACUAA